UACUGAAAUAGAAAACUUUUGGAAAGUUUGCUAUUUGUAAUUACAAAGUGAGAAUAUUUAAAAUAUUUAAUUUAUAUAAAAGAAUUGCAUUUAAUGCACCAUAUUAUGUCAAUGAUGUAUGCAUUAUACAAAACAAAUAAUUAAUAGAGAAUAAAUAAAGGUGUAUUUAUGACUGUGAUCAUUUGAAUGUGAAAACAGUUAAUACAGAAUGGACGAAGCAACAUUUAAGUGUAGAAAAUGUCGCCAUAUAUUAUUUACAAGUGAAAAUGUAAUACCUUCACAUAAUGCAGCAUAUGAUAAAAGUACAAAUAUGACUGUUUGUGAAGAUCUAGAAAAUGAGAAGCAUGUUUGGUUCUUAAAGGAUGAUGUCUUAGAAGAAUGGAUGGAAAAACAAAUUGAUCAAGGAAAUUGGAUUAAAGGAAAAUUGUGCUGUCCAACAUGCAGUAACCGUAUUGGAUCCUAUGAUUUUGUCAGUGGCAGUCAGUGUACAUGCGGCAUUGUACUUCCUGCAAUUCAUGUAGUUAAAUCAAAAAUAGAUUUUGAACUGAAAUCAGAAAUUGACAGUAUCAAGGGAAAGAUUCAUUCUCCACCUGUUGUCAAUAUUCAUAAUUUGAACACGUUGGCAUUGGAAGGAACCAGUUUAGCUAUACCCAAAGAGACUGUGUCUCAGAUUUCACAUUUUGAUUCAUGCAUGAUGGAAAAUGUUGAAGGUUCAGAUCUUGUUCCUGAAAAUGAUAAUUUGAAUAAUAUGAGGAAAGAAAAAGAUACUUUUCAAGAAGGUGAUAAAUCUAAAGCUUAUUUAUAAAAUUAAAUAAAAUAAGUUUUAAAAUAGUUCCUUUUUGAAUAAAAAUUAUAUUUUGAAAAUCAUAAUUUUCCUUUAUAUUUGUGAUUCAUAAUGAUUUUAUCAAUAACCAGAAGAAACACUCAUU